AUGGGGAAGGAGGCGCUGGACUACGUGCUGGUGCCGCUGGGGCUUGCGCUGAUGGUGGGGUACCACGCGUGGCUUCUCCUCCGCAUCCGGCGCCGCCCGACGACCACUGUCAUCGGCGUCAACUCCAUCAACCGCCGCAUCUGGGUCCGCCACAUCAUGGAGGAGCCGUCCGGGAAGCACGCGGUGCUGGCGGUGCAGACGAUCCGGAACAACAUCAUGGCGUCGACGCUGCUGGCUUCCACCGCCAUCACGCUCAGCUCUCUCAUCGCCGUCCUCAUGUCCGGCGGCUCACGCGGCGGCGGCGGGGGCGGCCUCCUCCCGGGCGCGCCGCUCGUCGUGGGCGCGACGGGGGAGGAGGCGCUGUCGGCCAAGUUCUUCGUCAUCCUCGUCUGUUUCCUCGUCGCCUUCCUCCUCAACUUGCAGUCCAUCCGCUACUACAGCCACACCAGCACCCUCGUCAACGUCCCGCUCCGCGCGCACCGACUCCGCCGCCCGGGCCUCGCCGUCGACUACGUCACCGGGACGCUCAACCGCGGCAGCUACUUCUGGUCGCUCGGCGUCAGGGCCUUCUACUUCUCCUGCCCCGUCUUCCUCUGGCUCUUCGGGCCCAUCCCCAUGUUCGCCGCAUGCACUGUCAUGGUCUCCGCGCUCUACUUCCUCGACGUGUGCGAGGAUUGGGAAGAGGAACACGAUGGCGACCACGGUGUGAGCGGUGAUCAAACCUCAGGACAAGGGAAGAAUGUAGGGGAGCAGCAAGUGUAG